AUGAAUAUUGUUAAGCGACCUUGUCUUGGUCACUUCGUGAAGCGGAUUGAGUACCUGCACAAACCUAGGACUGGUGAUGACUACCCUGAAUUACCGUAUCAACGCGACCUAAGCGCAGAUGACAUGCGUCUUCUCAGACGUGCGGUACAAAAUGCGGGCUUUCAGGGCGACAAGGAAGAGAAAAUCAUCAAUAUGCUCAUGCAAAACAAAUUAAGCCAGGACUUGGGCUAUAUUACCCCUGAAGGCUGUAGGGUCUGGGAAUUUGGCAUUACACCCAUCUUCAUCACACAAGCUAUUGCCGCCAUUAUCGUGUCCAUGUCACCAAAUCUUGAGACCAUGGCCUUAACACAGCCUUUCUAUCACUACCACAACCUUGAGGAAGGAGAAGAAUUAGCCAAAGAAUUCCCGCUCGUUCAAGUUUUCCGACAUGCCAAUUCCAGCUCAGAGGGAACUCGCUUCCUUCAGAAACUGCGUGAUGUCUAUUUGAUCAAUAAAGAAAAUCAUUAUGCCAAUGAUGAGCGGUUCUAUGCCCGGACAGAUUUGAUUGCCUGUCUCGAGCUCUUCAACAAACUCCCAUCUAUCGAGUCAUUUGGUAUCGAUGUGCUUGAAUCAGACGAGGACAACGGGAAACAGACCUGUGAGGAAACAAGCUCGAAUAUCAGCAAAAUCAAAAUCAACCACUCGUGUCUGGGCUCGAACUAUCUCUUAUGCGUGAUGGCAUCAAGCAAAACCCUUACCGAACUCCAAUAUACCACCGGAGGAAGGGCAAGCCUUCAUGGAGGAAUUCCUUUUUUCAAUCCAAAAGCCUUUAUCAAAGCGCUAUCCGCACACCAAAAAACGCUAAAAGUUCUCGACAUAGAUACUGAAGAACUCACUCGGAGCUACCCUGGUCAAGCACAGUCGCGUGGCUCCUUUCCCGUCGACUGGGAUGAAUAUGGAGGCCCGGGUGAAUUCCAGUUUGACGCAUACGGACCCGAUGGACUCGAAGAUAACCCCGAGUUCAAGAUGCACCAAUACUUGACAUCGAUUUGGGACCGCAACGCGUCGUUGAAAGACUUUGUGGCAUUGAAAGAACUGAGUAUCAGCAUUGAAUUUUUGGUUUACUUCGCCCAGGGCGUGGAGAUCGAUGAUGCGAAAAGAGCAAGUGUCAUGCUAACGGACGGUAUGCCAGAUAGCCUGGAGUAUCUGUCUAUUCGAGGCUUUGAAAAGGGUGCAAAUGAAGCACACGAUAUGCAGGUGGCUGGGUUGAUGGCCCGAUUUGAGUCAGGUUCUUUGAGAUUGAAGGAGAUCAAGGGGGUUGAUGAGAUUAUUCCGAAUGGUUGCAAUGUUGAAAACCCGGAUAAAGAUAGCCAUUUGUUGUGGUCUUUGGAGGAGGUAGGAUAUUCCGACGACUAA